UUGGUCGGGCCCGCGGAAAUGGGCGAGCAUAAUCUUCUUAAUCCAGGGUUUGUGGGACCUUUGGUAAACAUCCACACUGGAGACACAUUUUACUUUCCGAAUUUUAGAGCCUCAGGGGGACAACUGGCGGGGCUACCGUCGCUCUCCUACCCGAGAAGGGACAAUGUUUGCUCCCUCCCGUGGAAUCCUUCGGAGCCGUGCAAUGGAUACUCUCAAUCCUACUUUAGCAGCCCCGUGUCUAUUAACCCUUCUUUCAAUCGGUCGUGUGAAAUUAGCAGACCAGAAGAGGGCAAAUGUUAUUAUAACAACGGCAACGGGAACAGGGAGACCUGUUCAGGUGGCAGCAGCCUCAAACGAGAGGAUAGGGCGAGAGACACAUCAUCAUUAACAUCUGACCACGGGAUGCACAGUGGAAUAGGCAGCACAGCCGCCUUCUCCAAAUAUGAUUAUGGGACCGAGCAGCUAACGCAAGACCCGCCAUCCUGUCAGUCAAUGGAGUCCGACUCCAGCUCCUCUCUGCUCAACGAGGGCAGCAAGCCUCCAUCCAGCGACACACAGACCCUGGUGUCACCGGGAAGCCAUUCAAGCAACAUAGCCGCAAGCGGAGGUGCUCCGUGGUACCCGAUGCACACUCGGACCAGAAAGAAGCGUAAACCGUAUUCCAAACUUCAGCUGGCUGAGCUAGAAGGUGAAUUCAUGCUGAAUGAGUUCAUCACCAGGCAGCGGCGGAGGGAGCUCUCCGACCGGCUGAACCUCAGCGACCAACAAGUGAAGAUCUGGUUCCAGAACCGCAGGAUGAAGAAGAAGAGACUCAUGCUGAGGGAGCAAGCCUUGGCCUACUUUUAGAGAUGCGGCAGAAGGUGAAUCGAUAGGCAGUAAAAAGCCAAGCCUUCUACGCUCCCUUAGGUCUUAUUUCAAUGCAUGCACUCAUCUAUCCAUCUUUUACAUUGCAGGCAAUUAUUACAAUAUUUUUCGGAUAUUAUUUGUUUUUCUCAAAGGUGCGGGCCACACAAGCCCAAAAACAAUCCACUAUCUGGCAUUCAAAGCUACAGUCUACAUGUCAGACUGCUUUCAUGUCUGGUAUAAUCGCACAAUAAGCUGUGAGAAUGUGUUUUUUCUGUGUAGAGAAUAUGUCGUCGAGCUCAGUUUGGGGUGACACAUAAUGACAACAUCCUUUUUGUUCCAUGUUUAGUCAGAGACAAUGAGGAGGGAGCGAGGCCACUUGGUAAAAUCUCAAAAAUAGGCCUAAAAAUAGCAGUGGAGUCAGAAAGACAGAGAAGUGACUGGAGCCGCACCCGCGCAAUAAUUUCUCAGAGGUUACAAACUGAUCAGGAAGAAUCUCCCUCCCGAUUGCUUAACACGUCCACCGCCAUAAUUUGCUGGGUAAGAUGUAUAUCAUCCUUAUCUUUGCAUAGUUUUCGCCACGCUGUGUGGACACGUUCACGGUCACGGGCAGGAAGUCUGGAAGUCUGUGUGUCUGCAUGAGCAGAGGGGGGAACUAAAACCGCAGUGUAAUCCAUAUCGAUAUCUUUAUGACUGCGCAUUGAAAAAAAAAAGAAUUGCCAUGACUUCGUUCAUGUGCUAACAAGUUUCUAAAGGUAUUUUUCUUACUUUUAUUACCUUUCAACUUGUCUUAACAACAACCACAGAAUCCUGCAUGGGUUGCAUUUCUUUUAGUUAAGUGAGAUCACCGUCUUAUUACGGUUUUGAGCUGCUAUUAAAUGUCCACGUCCAGAUUGUACCCGUUAAAAAAUAGUAUAUUCAACAAUAAACUCGCCAGGAUCUGUAAUGGAAAUAUCCACGCGUACCAAGUACAUUUUUAGGCCAACUUGGUUAAACAAGGGAACCGCCUAAAGUCGCAAGUGGCGAGGGAAAUACGUUUUUAGGCCUAAAAAGAACAUUUCUGAAACUUGGUGCUCGUCAUGAAAAUAAAUAUGUAGAAAUUUAGAAAAAAAAAGUUAAUCAUAGGCCUACGUGUGUGCUCCCUUAAUUCGGGGCGAAUGCAGUGCAUCAUCUGUCAUGUAUAACGAGUAAGCUAUAGCAGUGAAAUGUAUUUGCAGCAUGUUAUUGAUGUGAAAUAGCUAUAAGUCAUGUUCUGCGGGCCACUUUUUCUGUAAGUGACUUUUUAUACUUUUUUUUCUCUGAACAAAUCAAAAACAAACAACCUUAAACAUUUUUGACACAAACGUCUACAAAGAAUGUAUUAUUAUUUUUAUUAUUAUUAGGAUGGGAGGACGGAGGGCCUAUUAGGCCCACUAAAUGUACUUGCUCUUUGCAACGUGCUCAAUGUUGUCACUUCCCUUACCUUGUACUCGUGUAUAACUUUGUAAAAUGAAAUUACAUAUGUUACUAUUUGCAUCCUGUCCGAGGAUCCCUUAUCGCUAUGUAAUAGUGCGUUAUGUUAUUGAUCGUCUUGUACAAUAUCGCAUUCCAUAUUUUCCAUGCCUAUUCGUGGUUGUGAGGGUUGGAUCUGUAGGCCUAUGAUAUCAUACUGCCAAGAAUGGAUAUAAGAAAUGGUAUGCAACAAGUUUUACCAUACAUGACAUUUAAAGAAACCCUGUUUCAGUGUAAUAGCUGUUUGUUAUCGUCCUUUUAUUUCGUCCCUCAUUGCAUUCCCUUCUUUGCGCUUGUAAGGAUUGCUACGUUGUCUUGUAAAAGUAAUAAUGAUAUGAAUGUAUAUGCGUAAGGUCUUCAAUAAACAGAAUAUUGAAACGUU